AUACGGACCGCGACGGGCAAUAUACAAGCCGUAUGGACCGCGACGGGCAAUAUACGAGCCAUACGGACCGCGACGGGCAAUAUCAGAGCCGUACGGACCGGGGAUGGGCAAUAUCAGAGCCAUACGGACCGGGAAUGGGCAGUAUACGAGCCGUACGGACCGGGACGGGCAAUAUCAGAGCCAUACGGACCGGGACGGGCAAUAUACGAGCCGUAUGGACCGGGACGGGGCAUAUACGAGCCGUAUAGACCGGGACGGGCAAUAUCAGAGCCACGUAGAACGAGAGCUGCAGUAUCGGGGCCGGGACGGUCAUUAUCCGACUUGUAUGGACCGGGAGGGGUCGUAUCCUGCUCCGUGUUCCCGGGAUCGUUGCAGCGCUUCCCAUCGGGAUUGGGACCGGGAUUGGCCGCGGGGGCCGCUCAGUCGGGGACCCUCCCGCAGCUCCAGUCCCGGGGGGGGAGGACACAGCACCAGCGCCAGCACCAGCCCCGCCACCACCCUCCAGCGCAAGUCGGACCGGGACAGCUCGAGGACAGUGAGCGUGGACGGCGAGGCGCCGGGCAGCGAGGGUGGGGGUCCGGUGCCCGACAGCCCCGGGCGACCCCCCCCGUACCGUGGCCUCCCUCAACCGGCCCCCCAGGGACCGGGGGGGUCCGGGGGGGGCCCCGGGGGGGGCUCCCCGGGGUUGGCCUGGCCCCGGCUGCCACCCCAGCCCGCCAGCGUGGCCCUGCGCAAGCAGGAGGAGGAGGAGGAGAGCAAGAGGCCGAAGGCUCUGAGCGACAGCUACGAGCUCUCCACCGACCUGCAGGACAAGAAGGUGGAGAUGCUGGAACGCAAAUACGGGGGUUACUUCCGCACCCGCCGCGCCGCCCGCACCAUCCAGGCCGCCUUCCGCCGCUACCGCAUGGCCCAAAAAUUCGAGCGGCUGCGCAGCGAGGGGGGACGCGCCCGUCGCUUGGCCCUCCCCGGCCUUCGCCUCCAAUUUUCCUUUGAGGAAUACGAUCGCGGCCGCCCCCCCCCUUAUUUUCAAGGCAAACCCGCCUCGCUGGACGAGGGGGUGUUGGGGGGACCUCGAAGGGCUCCCCGAUACGGGGGGUCUUGCCGGGCCGGUUUGGAUGGGGGGGGUGGUCCCGCUGAAGGGGCGGCGGCGGCGGCGGUGGGGGGGCCGGGGGGGGCCGGGGCCGGGGGGGCCGGCAGCCCCCCUCGGCAGCUCUCGGCCUCCGCCGACUUCGGGCCCGGCGGUGCCGACUUGGAGGAGGCCUUUGCGCAGCAGGUGAAGUCCUUGGCCGCCUCCAUCGACGAGGCGCUGGGGGGCAGCCGGGGGGUCCCCCCCGGGGCCCCGGCCCCCCCCGCAGGUGACAGCGCCGCCACCUCUACCAGCGACGUCACCCUCUACCUGGACGAGGGGCUCCCCGGUUCCCCCCGCUCACCCGAGCGGCCCCCCAGCCCCGAGCCCCCCCCCGAAACCGGGGGUCCCCAGCCCCCCCCAGCCCCUCCGCCACCCCCCCCGCCUCCCGCCAACCCCCCCGGCUCAGCCGAACGCUGGGGGGGUCCCGAGGAACCCCCGCGCCGCGGCCCCCCGUGCUUGGAGUGCCGGGGUCGUGGGGGCGGCGGGGGGGGGCACCCCCCUUUGCUGACGGUCGAGCCCCCCAGCGACAGCUCGGCUGACCUCAGCGACCGCUCCGACCGCGGCUCCCUUAAUCGGGGGGGUCCCUACGAACCCGAAGGGGGCGGGGGGGGCACGUUGCCCCGUACCGGCCCCCCAUCGCUGCUUUCACCCCGAAGCCCCCCCCGCACCACCCCCCGGCCCCCCACCCCCCCCACCGCCGAGGAGGGCUCGGAGGGGGACAACGAGAGCUUGGGGAGCAGCUCCAACUCCAACGAGACCCUCAACUGCUCCUCGGGUUCUUCAUCCCGCGACAGCCUGCGGCGACCCCCCCCCGCCGCCCCCCCCCGCCUCCCGCCGCCCCCCCCGCAACCCCCUGGUCCCUCCGGACCCCCCGGCAAAGCCACGUACCAACGGGAACCGCGGCAGAGCUGGGACUCACCGGCCCUCAACAACGACGUGGUGCAACGCCGGCAGUACCGCAUCGGCCUCAACCUCUUCAACAAGAAACCAGAGAAGGGGAUCCAGUAUCUGAUCGAGAGGGGCUUCCUCUCGGACACCCCCGUGGGGGUGGCCCACUUCAUCCUGGAGAGGAAGGGGUUGAGCCGGCAGAUGAUCGGCGAGUUCCUCGGCAAUCGCCAGAAGCAAUUCAACCGCGACGUCCUUGACUGCGUGGUAGAUGAGAUGGACUUCUCCGGCAUGGAGCUAGAUGAGGCCCUGCGCAAGUUCCAGUCCCACAUUCGGGUGCAGGGGGAGGCCCAGAAGGUCGAGCGCUUGAUCGAGGCCUUCAGCCAGCGCUACUGCGUGUGUAACGCGGCCCUGCUGCGCCAGUUCCGCAACCCGGACACCAUCUUCAUCCUGGCCUUCGCCAUCAUCCUCCUCAACACCGACAUGUACAGCCCCAGCGUCAAGGCUGAGCGCAAGAUGAAGCUGGAGGACUUCAUCAAGAACCUUCGAGGGGUGGACAACGGGGAGGACAUCCCCCGGGACAUGCUGGUGGGCAUCUACCAGCGCAUCCAGAGCCGGGAGCUGCGUACCAACGAUGACCACGUCUCCCAGGUCCAGGCCGUCGAGCGCAUGAUCGUCGGCAAGAAGCCGGUGCUGUCCCUGCCCCACCGGCGCCUGGUGUGCUGCUGCCAGCUCUACGAGGUCCCCGACCCCAACCGGCCCCAGCGCCUGGGGCUGCACCAGCGCGAGGUCUUCCUCUUCAACGACCUGCUGGUGGUGACGAAGAUCUUCCAGAAGAAGAAGAUCCUGGUGACCUACAGCUUCCGCCAGAGCUUCCCCCUCGUUGAGAUGCACAUGCAGCUCUUCCAGAAUGCCUAUUACCAGUUUGGGAUCAAGCUGCUGUCAGCGGCGCCGGGUGGGGAGAGAAAGGUCCUCAUCGUCUUCAAUGCCCCGAGUCCGCAGGACCGGCUGCGCUUUGCCAGCGACCUCCGCGAGUCCGUGGCCGAGGUGCAGGAGAUGGAGAAGUACCGUGUGGAGGCGGAGCUGGAGAAGCAGAAGGGGGUGUCGGGGGCGCGGGGUGGGGGGCCCCCCCGCGAGGCCCUCAACGGCCUCAGCCGCAGCAGCCUGGAGGAAGCGUUCGGGGCCGGCGAGGGGCUCAAGCGCAGCGCCCUCAGCAGCUCCCUGCGGGACCUCUCCGACGGCGGCAAGCGGGGCCGGCGCAACAGCGUGGGGUCCCUGGACAGCACUAUCGAGGGUUCCAUCAUCAGCAGCCCCCGGCCGCAGGCGCGGGGGCCUCCGGGGGGGCCGGGGGGAGCCCCCGAGGGCUACAAGCCCCCCCCCCGCCCCGUUUCCAACUCCUCCUCCUUCUUGGGGUCCCUCUUCGGCAGCCGGCGAGGCAAAGGCCCCCCCGGACCUCCACCUGGGGUGGGGGGCCCCACUUCGGCCUCAGCCUCCUCUUCCUCGGCUUCCUCCUCCCAUCACCAUCAUCCCCCCCCCCGCGCCCCCCCAGGCCCCGAGGGUCCCUCCAAGCUCCAAGCGCUGCACGCCCACCUGCUCGCCCCGCGCCCCCCCCACCGCUACCUGCCAUCGCCGCCGGAGCCCCCCCCCGCUUUCACGGGGGACCCCAACCCCCGUUGUCGGCACCCCCCCAGCAGCACGGCCCCCCCGGUGGGGGGUUCCCCCCCGCCACACCCCCAUUACACCCUACACCGGCCUGGCAAGAGGGGGGGGUGCCCCCCCCCGGUCCCCCCCGCCAGCCUCUCUCCCCCCCUACCCCUCUACAGCCCCGCACCCCCCCACCACGGGCUGCCCCACGCUUACCCCCCCGGCCCCCCCCCCCGCACCAUCACCCCCCGCCGCCCCCCGCCCCCGCCGCCGCCAAACACUUUGUUUUUGGCGGGGGCGGCGGUGGGGGGGGGCCCGGCCGGGGGGGCCCUCCGGGGGGGUGGUGGCGGGGCAGCCCCCCCGCCCCAUCACCACCAUCAUCAUCAUCAUCACCACCACCCACCCCCCCACUCCCCUAUCCCCCCCCACCCUUCUUACCCCCCUUUGCCCCCUCCCUCGCCCCACACCCCCCUCAGCCCCCACUCUCCUGCUGGCCCCACCUCGCCCCUGGCCCAAGCCAGCCAGGGCCCCCCCAAACCCAAGGGGGGGAACCGCAUCAGCACCGUGGUCUGACCGAACACUCCCCCCCCACACCUCCCCAAGCAGAGGACGGACACAACUCAUGGCAGCGAUGGACGGCGCCGGCAUGCUGGAUGCGGUGGUUAUUUUUGUAACCCCCCCCUUUAUCCCGACCCCCCCCCCCCAAAAAAAAACCCUGCACGUGGCUCGUGUUUGGCUGCUCACGCCUCGCCCCCGCGGGGGUGGGGGGCACCCGGAUGCCUGGGUUCCCCCCCCCUCCUCGCCAUCCCGGGGGUCCGGCGUCGAGGAUGGCCCCCCCCCCCCGGCUCAGGCUGAAUGUCACAUGGCACUUUAACC